AUGGAUUCCGCGUCUCCCAUGGCUGUGAACGCAGAGCCGGAACUCAAACAGCCAGCUUUGCAGACCGUACGUCAAGUAUCCGACCCUGUCGAAUGUGAUAAAUCCACGCAAGAAGAGGUCUCGACCAAUGACUCUAGAGAGGGUGAUGCCAUCAUUGCACAUUUGGAACCUGAACACGUGUCGCUCGAUCAAAUCAACCGGAGCAUCGGGGAUCUCACAAGUUCAAUCAACGAGCUAGUCACUUCGAGGGCAACACAGUUACCUACAGCGAAGCCCGAUGGAUCUAAUGUGGAGAUUUCGGAAGGCAAAGACCUAGCCGUUAGAGGUGACGGCGACGCACCCACUGAAGAAGAGCCGAAUGAUGUGGAAUGCCCGGCGAAGAUCAUUCCUCAAGUGCGAAAUUGUGAUUGGGAACAGUUCAAGAACAGACAUGACGGUGGUAAAGACGUUUUCGCUUUGGAGGUACUGAUCACUGGUAAUUCACUUCCACGUCAAAUGGAGGAUGAGGAUGCUAGAAGGCGGCGCAUUCCUGGACGUAUACCUGACCCUCCCCCGCCCCCUGCGGACCCGAUGACGAUCACAAAGCACGGCAUGGCCCAUAGCGAGGUGCGCAGAGGCAGCUGGAUUCGUCAGGUCCGGAUCAAUUCAAGAGCCGUGAUGAAGAUCCUUGGGAAGUUCAGUGAUGCUGACAAAACCUGGGAAGGGAAGCCACACACGUUUAUGCAACCUUUUCGACACCUCCUUCACUUCCAUGAGAAGAUGAAGAAGGAGCUUCGGGUCCUCGAGGCGAAGAUUGCAGGCUCGGCAGUACCAUCAGAAACGAAAAACACUUCGCUGGAUGAGACCAAACUGAUAGUCACGGCGCCUGGUUCCGUUGUCGACGAUGAAGACGCAAACAAUGACAAAGACAAAGAUUCAGACAAUCUGGAAGGAUUGGAUAUGAAGAAAGAAACGCUUGAAGAAGUUCAAUGCUAUGUCGACUUUGUGGAAGAGCACCUGCUACCUCUGCGCCAACAAUUCUUUGAUCCACCCACGCCGGGAGUACCCACUCGAGUACGCUACGAUGAGCUCCCCUAUCUCUUCGAGCCUGGCGAUCUUAUAUACGUCCCAAAGUCUGGUCAACAAGGGCCCAAUGCCAACUCAACCACACAGGAGAUCCGCAGAGUAUUCUCGGUUCACGUCGGCUACAACAAAGAUUUGGAGACCGGCUGCAAUUGCUCCAUUUGCAAGGAAAGCAAGUUCACUUCAUUGCAGUCGUACUACUUGGACUACGACGGCGAGAAAUAUGGUUGUGUCAUUACUCCAGUGACUUUUGAUCCAUUCAAGGACAAGAAGGCGAUUACUGACCUGCCCUGUUACCCUCUUCGAUUCGUCGAUGAUUUGGAAACAAAGCUGAAACACGCCAAGAGUGACGGGGCCAGAUUCGUGGAACACAUCGCUAAACGGUACGGCUUCUAUAACGGAUGGUCGGUCAUCAAGAGCCCUGCCGGGGAUGAUCUUGAAGAUGCCAAAGGGGAGAGAAUCAAGAGCCCAGAGCAUAUCGAGAGCGACGUGUUGGUGGACUUCACCGAAGCUUCCAACGUAUACCCAAAGUGGAAACCUGAGCUGCAAACACGAACGGAAGAGUUGUACUUUCUAGUACAGGUCGCCGAUCAGACUUCGAUCAUGACAUGGAAGGGUCCUGACCGCAAAGACCUUGUGCGAGAAACACCUGACAACACAAUGGAUGACGUUUUGUUAGAGUUCAGAGAGUUCAAUGCUUAUCUCAAGCGCGAUGCUUUUCUGGCGAAGAAGCAUUACCCAGGUCCUCCUACUGGAGAAGAUCUGGUUCUUUUACCACGACGAAUGUUUGCGUAUGCUGUGUGGGAUCGCAAGUUUGUGCAUAUCGACUCUCGCUAUCUUAAGCCUGUGAAGCAGCAAGGCAAAGAGGGCGAAGCGUUCACGGACCUUCAGAUUGAGGACAAGAACAAGCGACUCAUCGAAUCACUCCUGAAAUCGCACUUCCGGAAGAAGAAGGCUGAAUUAGAAGGGACCGAAGUCCUCUCGCAAGACCUCAUUAGAGGAAAAGGCCGAGGCAUUGUAAUCCUCCUUCAUGGUGAACCAGGUGUUGGAAAGACCGCCACAGCGGAGGCCGUUGCCCAGAAGUACGAGAAGCCGCUGUUCCCCAUCACAUGCGGUGACCUCGGCUUUACACCAGAAGGUGUGGAGAAGUCAUUGAAAGAAUUCUUUCGCUUGGCCCAUCUUUGGGAUUGCGUUCUGUUGCUCGAUGAAGCCGAGGUCUUCAUUUCACAAAGAGACAGGAAUGAUCUUCAAAGAAAUGCUUUGGUAUCCGUAUUUUUACGAAUGCUCGAGUAUUACAACGGUGUGUUGUUCCUCACGACCAAUCGAGUUGGAGUUCUUGAUGAGGCAAUAAAGUCUCGAGUUCACCUCCAUCUGCGAUACAAUCAGCUUGACAAACGACAAACAACACAGAUCUUCAAGCACAACAUCAUUCGACUCAAGAAUAUCGAACUUCAACGCGAGGAUCCAGUCGAUCGCCUAUUCAUUCUUGAGAGUGAAAUCAACGAAUUUGCGCUGACCCAUUUCGAUGAGACAGUCAAAUCUGGCGUAGGCCGGUGGAAUGGUAGGCAGAUCCGGAAUGCGUUCCUGAUCGCUGCUUCACUAGCGCACCUCGAUGGCGACGAUAACCCUGGCAUGCAGAAACAGCUCAGAAAGAUGCAUUUCGAAACUGUCGCCCAGACAACUAAGCUAUACGAUAGCUUCAGGACCGCCACCUUGAACGGGGAUGACAGUUAUCUUGCCUUGGAUCGCGGUGAGCGAUAUGACGCUUUCGAGCAACGUACCAACGUAGCGAUGCCGCUUAGCCCAUAUGGACACUCGUCGUAUGCACCGUCGCAACGUCCCGGCUACUAUACUGCACCGACCGCUCAGUAUGAACGAACAAACCCUAUGGGACCCCCAGGACACAUGCCCAAGCCUGCUACGCCAGUAGCGCAUGAGCAACCGCCAUCCGAUGUAGGAUAUAGUCGUCAGUACGAAGCUGGUUCAAGAUCAUCGAUGGGAGGAGCAGAGUGGCCGCAAGGACAGUAUAACAACCAGCAGUACGGAUAG